AAAAAUCAGAAAAUAAUUUCGUCAUUUUCUCGCUAAAACCCAAAACCUCUCCAAAAUUCGUCCUCUUUCCUCUUCUGUCUCCGGCAAGCAAAAACAUUCGAUGAAGCUCACUCAACCUCUCACUGCAGCAAUCACCUCGGCUUCUUCUUCUUCUUCUUCAACCAAGCCGCCAAUUGUCUGAACCCCCAUUAACAAACCUCACAAUCUCCAAAACCAUCCACGAACCCAAUCAAAAGAUUUAGCAAAACCCAUGUCUCCUCUGUUCAAAGCCCUCCUUUCCCACCAGUACCAUUCCCACUCUUUCCUCAAACCCCAAAAUUUCAUCCACCAGCCCGUCUCAUUGUUCUCUCUCUUCCCGAGAACUCUAUCAGUCUCGCCUCAAUCUGAAAAACACCAUAGCAAUCCCAGAAAGCCUCUGGAUGUUUUGUUCAAAGAGGCAGUAGAGCUUUGCCCAAAAUCCGAAGACAGAGGAACCGAAAGUGACGAAGAAAACAACCAGGUGAAGAGGGGUUUGAGAGAAUUGGAGGUGGAGUUGAGGAGUUUGAAAAAAUCGGAUUCCGAUGAUGGCAAAAAGAAAGGGCAAGAGAAAAAGGGCAGCAAGAAUUCUCAAGGUAGGAGGAGCAUUUACGAUGUGUUUACCAAUCGAGGGAGGUCCGUUGAUAAGUGUAUUGAGCUGAAGAGAGAGGAAUCGGCGGUGCAUAAAGAGCUUUCGCCCGAUAUGGAAUUGUUUGUUAGUCAUUUGUACAAGGAAGGCUACUUCAGGGAUGCAAAUUUCUUGCGCAGGAAUAGUAGUGGUAAUUUGGAUUUUAGCUGUUUCGAGGAUAGCUAUGGCCGCGGAUUUAUUAAGUGUGCUGUUGAAAAGUUUGCCAAAGACAAUCAGGAAAUUGCCAAAUGGGUUUCAGGCAGGGAUUUGAAAAAGGUAGCACUUUUUGGAUGCCCUUCCCUUUCAAGGAGGAGUGUCUUUUCUGCUAAAAGACUGCGUAGUUUUUUUGAAAUUCAAGAAAGCACUGUUUGUAGUAAAUGUGUGUUAAAACAAUCAUGCAAGUUUGUGAAUCAGAAUGUUUGGAGGGGAAACGUCAAGAAUUUGAAUUUGACAGAUGCUAUGAAUGUAAUCACUUUGUAUGCUUUAGAUGCUGUGCCAGCUCAGCUGGUUGUGCCUGAUGAACUAAAAGCUUCUAUUAGUCGGUUGCUAAAAGAGGUCUUAAAGCUUAGCCAAACUAUUUCAUAAAGCAAGCUAAUGGUUUUUACAAACUGUUCAGAAUGAACGAGUAAUGAGAAGAAACCAAAUGUUGUAAUUGAGGAAAGCAGUUACACAAGUCAAAGGAAUUGAUUUAGGAGAUAGUAAUCAAUCCAAAUGGAAUACUCUGCAUGUGGCUGUGACUCCUGGCCAAAUUCUGGAGACGAACUUGCUUCUGCAUACCAGUAUGGACCAAUAUCUUCUAUGAUCUUGAUUUUCUUACACUAAUCUUUGAACCCUUUUAUGCUCACACUUUUAUGUUUGCCGAACUCCAUAUCUUCUUGAAUAAGUUUAAAUGGUUCGCCAAUUAAUUGAAAUCUAUUAACAGCAUAUUAACACAAUAAUAGAAGUUCAUUCUUUCUGUUGUA